CACGCCACCGAGCCCUGCUCGCCAUGGGCCGCCCGCGGCCCGUCCUGCCCCUGUGUGCCUCGGUGUCUUUGCUGGGUGGCCUGACCUUUGGCUAUGAACUGGCAGUUAUAUCGGGAGCCUUGCUGCCUCUGCAGUUUGACUUUGGGCUAAGCUGCUUGGAGCAGGAGCUGCUGGUGGGCAGCCUGCUCCUGGGGGCUCUCCUUGCCGCCCUGGUGGGGGGCUUCCUCAUCGACCGCUACGGCAGGAAGCAGGCCAUCCUCGGGAGCAACGCGGUGCUGCUGGCUGGCAGCCUGGGUCUGGGCCUGGCCGGCUCUCUGGCCUGGCUGGUCCUGGGUCGCUCGGCGGUUGGCUUCGCCAUCUCCCUCUCCUCCAUGGCCUGCUGCAUCUACGUGUCAGAACUGGUGGGGCCACGGCAGCGGGGAGUGCUGGUGGCCCUCUACGAGGCUGGCAUCACAGUGGGCAUCCUGCUCUCCUACGCCCUCAACUAUGCACUGGCCAGUGCCCCAGGGGGCUGGAGGCACAUGUUCGGCUGGGCCGCAGCACCUGCACUCUUGCAGUCUCUCGGCCUCUUCCUCCUCCCUGCUGCUGCAGAGGAGGUUGCGGCCCACAAGGACCUCAUCCCACUCCAGGGAGGCGAGGCCACCACACUGGGCUUCGAGAGGCCCCGCUACUCCUUCCUGGACCUCUUCAGGGCCCGGGACAACAUGCGAGGCCGGACCACAGUGGGCCUGGGGCUGGUGCUUUUCCAGCAGCUGACGGGGCAGCCCAACGUGCUGAGCUAUGCCUCCACCAUCUUCCGCUCCGUCGGCUUCCGUGGGGGGUCCUCAGCCGUGCUGGCCUCGGUGGGGCUGGGUGUGGUGAAGGUGGCAGCUACCCUGAUGGCCAUGGGGCUGGUGGACCGCGCGGGCCGCAGGGCCCUCCUGCUGGCUGGCUGUGCCCUCAUGGCCCUGUCGGUCAGCGGCAUAGGCCUCGUCAGCUUUGCCGUCCCCAUGAACACAGGCCCGAGCUGCCUGGCUUUGCCCAAUGGCACCAGGCACAUGGGCCUCCCUGGAGACUUGGGCCAGCGGAAGGGCUCGUCUUCACCUCCAAGGCCAAGAGCCAGGGAGGACCCAAGACAGCCUGUCUCCUCCACUAAGAACACCCAGGCACAAACUGGAGCCGGGAACUUUACAGCGCCUGCCCAGCCAGCCCUGAGCACCGCCACCCUGGCACCCCUUCUUCUUAGCCCGGGGCACACGCUCCUGCGCUGGAUGUCGCUGGCCUGCUUGAUGGUCUUCGUGAGCGCCUUCUCCUUCGGAUUUGGACCAGUGACCUGGCUUGUCCUCAGUGAGAUCUACCCUGUGGAGAUCCGAGGGAGAGCCUUCGCCUUCUGCAACAGCUUCAACUGGGCCGCCAACCUCGUCAUCAGCCUCUCCUUUCUGGACCUCAUCGGUGCCAUCGGCUUAUCCUGGACCUUCCUGCUCUAUGGACUGACCGCUGCUCUCGGCCUGGGCUUCAUUUAUUUAUUUAUUCCUGAGACAAAAGGCCUGUCGUUGGCAGAGAUAGACCAACAGUUUCAGAAGAGAAGGUUCGCUCUGAGCUUUGGCUGCCGGCAGAUCUCGGCCAGCGUGCAGUACAGCCGCAUCGAGGCGGCAGCUCCCUGAGCGGUCCGGCCGCCCGACAGCCAGUUUAUCGCGAUGCACUGAGAAAGGAUGGAAUAUCCUUCCCGGAUUUGAACAUGAUCAUCUAACUCAGCAGACAAGUUGCUCGUAUCAUUGAUAACGGGGUUCUGAUGUGCAUCUGCGUCUUACUCAUCGACGUAAACAGAAACUUCUACCAGCAUUCAUGCCACACUGACACCCACUCUUUGAAGAUGUGAGCGACUCUUUUGCUGAGCCGUUUAGCUAUCGGGCAUUUUUAUCCAUAAUCCAAUUUUUGUCCCAUCCUGGCUAAAUUGCGGUAACAGUCAGCUUUGGAUCCAAGUUUGGCAACAAAUCAAUGAAAACAUUCUGUAAGAAUUCAUUGCCUAUAUCAGUGUAUAAUACAGAGUAUUUAUAAUAAA